UCCCACAAAGCACAGCAGGGAAAUUCCAUGUCUGAUUCCUUUCCUUUAGGACUGUCAAUGGCAGGAUACCAGCUCUGGUCACCAUGGACCCCACUGGAUGAGAGCUUCCAAUGGCUGCGGCAUACAACACCUACCCCUUGCUCCAAACACCCUUUUAGGGCCUCUCCUUGCUUCCCACACACCCCUUCUGACCUUGAGGUGCAGUUGUGCUUUCAAGAAGUCACUCUCGUCCUAGACAGCCCACUUGUGGCACCUGGAGAGAGCCCCAGGUUACCCCGUCACACCUCAGAGCUCCGAGCAGUGACUAACAAGAAAGGACUUGUGAGGAAGCCCCAGCCAGUCCGUCUCAAGGGAGUAGAUUCUGUUUUCGGUAGAGUCAUCACAGCCCAGCCACCCAAGUGGACUGGAACCUUCAGAGUUUCAGACAAGUCAGCCUUCUGCAAAAUUAUCAGCAGGGAACACCAGUGGCCCACUGGACUCAAGGAGCCUCAGAUCCAGAUGACAGUGACUAUGUGCAAACAGAUGCUCCGCUCCAUCCUCCUGCUCUACUCGACGUACAAGAAGUGCACCUUUGCCCUGCAGCACUCCAAGUAGAGGGUCUCCAUCUGACCCCUGUGCUCCACCCCAUGCUCUCUGGUAUGGACCAAAGCUUACACCGUAACAUCAUGCCAGCUGUAUCGUCUCUCAGUCAAGCUGGGACAAGUAUUCCUCCUCCCUUUCUCUUCAGAAACAGGACCAACCAAUGAUACUGAGCAAGGAAGAACAUUUCCACUGUACAGCUGAAUGGCCAUUCAGUCAGCCUAAUACUGACACAUAGAUGUGAUAAUGAUUAAGCUACCAUACAAACAAGCCAGCCUAGUGUGAACACACUCAAAUGCCAAAGACAGCCGUGAACUGGCAAAGAAAAGGGAUGCCAAGAAAAGACAAGUGUGGAUGUCUGGGUACCAGAGGAAGAAGGGGUCAAAAAUCUGUGUGUGGUUUAAGGACUAACUUAAAAACAGCUUUCCCUCCUCAAACAAAUGUCAACAACAAGACAUAACUUUAAUACCAGUAUGGGUAAAAAGAAUAACAAAUACUAAAUAAUCGUAAUAGCACGGCAAGGAAGAGCUUGACAGCAGCCUUGAGACUGGGUUUUCUGGCAGAAGACAAGAGAAUCCCCUGUUUUAGCUCCCGAUGUUCUGUUUCUAAUAAACUCUAAUUAUUUUGUAUGAUUCUUACAACUAGAUUCUAGGCAUAAUUCAGAAUAAUGUGGAAAUAA